AGCACCAGGCACCAAGGCCACAUGCCGGCUCUACCAGUGACACGGUGGUCACAACCAAAUACCCUUGGAACGGGGACAAGAUGGGAAGCCAUCCAGAAAGAGCUGGCGAGGGGGACACCUGCCCAUCCUUCUCUCCUCACAACAGCUCUUCUCCAGCCCCCUGGGAGAACAGAAAGAACGCCGGCCCCUUAGCUUUCUGCUGCUGCCCCCUACUUGCUCCCAUGUCCAAAGAGCCCCCGUUCCACCUCCAACCUUUCUUUCCCGGGUACCCACUUCUCUUGCCUCCACCUUGUGCAUUCAUCUGUGGGGCCCUACCUUCUGUUCAAUGUUUUUCCUUUUUCAUGCUGCCGCCAGGCACCUCUUACCCCACCACAGCUGUGCCUAACUUGCUGAUGAGUUUCAAAGAGCCUGGGCACCACAGUGCCCAGGGGGAGACCCUGAGUCCCUACCCAAGGGCCUCCCAAGCCUCUGCCCAAACUCGACUGUCUCAGGCCCAGAAUCCAGGCCCUGGAGCUCCAGGGCUGGAGAGAGCCGUCAGGGCAGCUCCAGCCCAGCAGGUCCCACUGGGCUCCCGGGUGGGCACUGCAGCACUGCCUUACCCUCUGAAGAAAGAGAAUGGCAAAAUCCUGUACCAAUGCAACGUGUGUGGCAAGAGCUUUGGACAGCUCUCCAACCUCAAGGUAUCUGCCUCCCAGGCUCCCCUGCUCCCCUUGGCAUCCUCAAUCCCCCUUCCAUCCUGCUUCUAGAAGCAAGGGCAUUAAAGCAAGAAGGAACUCCUGGGCAGCCUCUACGUUGUGGCCUUGAAUGGUUCACUUGGCUCUUCAGUUUCACUUCUGUAAAGAGGAGAGCUAGGUUAAGAUAGCUGCCAAAGUCCUCUCUGCCCUAAAAGACUGGCUAUAGGGUCAUCUCAUUUAAAUUAAAAAUGGGGAACUGAGGCUCCUAAUGGGAAGUGUUUGCCCGAGACUUAUUUAACAGUGGCGUUAAGUCUUGAUCUCAGUGUCUCAACAUUUAGUGAAAGGCCCUUUGCUGAACAACCAUCCUGACUGGAUUCCCAGUUAAGCCUCCACGUGAAGGUCAGGUGGGGGAAU